AAAAAAGAGGAAUUGUCUGAAUUUCCUUUCGUAAUGUAUCGCAUUAUUUUUUUCUCUUUAUAUAAAACUUAGACUAAUGACAAACAAGAUGGAAAAUGAACCAACAUUUUCUGAAUCAGCUUCAAGAUCCUCUUCUAAUUCCAACAGAGAGUUUUCUAUUUAUGCAAAAUCUGGAACAUUUAAUCCCUCAUCCAUCAUUGGCAAUCCAAAUAAAGAACGAAAGAGCUCUGCGAGUUCAUUAGGCAGCAGCAGUGGGCCUUCAUUCACCCAACGACUCAUCGAUCGAGGAGUGGCAGUGCCGAGUUCAUUUUCUAAUUGGGAAAGGAUUCGACCUUCUGACGAUUCUUCAUCACCGAGUUCAUUUGAUUUUGACUCUUAUUACGGCAUGUCGCCUUUCAUUACACCUUCCUUUUCAGCUACUGAAGGAGGUCAUUUUCAUCAGGAUGGCCCGCUUUACAAAUCACUAAGGCAUCGCUACGAGAAGGAAAAGCAUGGUAAUUUAAAAAGCGACAGUAUUGACGAAGAAGAAGCCGUGCUAUCCUCGCCCGAAUUUCUGGCUUCGAAUAAUAAUAAUAAUAAAAAGAAACCCUCGUUACAACAGUUAAAGUCAUCGAACCAUAAAGAAAAGCAGAGUGCAGAGGACAGUGAUAUUGAACUCUCAGACGAGGAAGAAGGUCAUCAUCAUAUCCCCACUAUUUCAUUGUCCGAUAAACCAAGGAACAGCACUCUGUUGCCUUUAAACCACAGAGUGCGUAGAUCCAGAUCACCAUUAUCAUUUCCACCUGCCGUAGAUAAUAGUGGCUCAAGGAGCAACGAUUCAAAAUUGUUGAGCUAUCAUCAGAAUCUAUACAAUAACAUACUUGAACGUAACGAUUCUGAGGAAGAAAAACUGACUCUGUCACCGACGAGCGAGCGCAUAAAGAGGUUUUUGAUCACACCACCUAAACAUCAUGAAAAAGAAAAGUCAGAAGAAUCUCCUGUGGCUGUUAUGCCUCCUUUAUCACGCCAGCCUAAACCGCUACCUGCUCCUCCUCGCCAGCAUCUAUUACAGACUCCUGUAUUCCAGGUGGUGAAUGCGAAUACAGUAAAGGAUCGAUACCUGUUUUUAUUCAACGAUCUAUUGCUCAUCUGUAAGCCUAUCAUGGAUGAAAACAUUAUAGUCAGCAACAGCAACAGUUCAUCUACGGCCGUCAAAAGCAACAAAGAGAGAUACCGAUUCAGGCCGAACGAGAACUCUUUAUUCCAAGUGAAAAACAUUGUCGAACUGGCCAAGCUGACUCUUUAUAUUGCAAAGGACGACUACUAUGCAGCCAACUCAAAGCCGCCCUCGAUAGAGAUUGGGCCUGACGGAAGGCCCAUUCUGCCACCUGCAAGAAAGAUACAUCCGAUCAUGGCCUCAGCCCUACGCAAGUUUGAGACAAGUGCCAACCUUGGAAUUCAGUAUCUGAUCGACAAGGGAAUUUUGACAAAUGAUCCUCUCAAUAUCGCCAAUUUCCUGUUCAAAACGCCCGAUCUUAACCGUCGACAGCUGGGUUAUUACCUAGCAGAUCAAAAAAAUGCAGAUGUGUAUGACGCGUUUCUCGAGUGCUUUAGACUUGUCGGGCUGAGACUCGAUGAAGCCUUGCGGAUACUGUUGACGACGUUUCGUUUACCUAGCAAUUGGGAAGCAUUGGAAUAUAUCAUUGAAAGGUUUGCAAAAAAGUGGCACGAUGCGAACCAGAACGUGAUCAAGUUUCAUGAAGACAUGGUCGUCAAAGUCGUCAUGGCAACACUCUUUUUAAAUGCCGAGCUUUGGUAUGAUGCAACCUCUGAAAAGGACGUCUUCUGGUUUGCACGUGAGGUAAAGGAACGCCAAGGGCGACAGGCAAAACGAAAGAUGAGUAUGUUCGAUUAUCAGCGCGCGAACCAUCAAUUCGAUGGUCUUCCCAGCAGACAUGCAUCUACGUUCAUCCACACGAAUGAGUCCAGCCCUAACCGACAGAGCGUAACGAUCGAGCCUCUACACUACAUCAUGUCACUUCGUGCCAAGGGGUCAAGUCAUCCGACACUGGAUGAUUUUCUGGAAAGAUGGAACUACUACGACCAGUAUCGCCUCGUACCACGAGAGUUUAUGGAAGAAAUGUACAAGUCGAUCGAGCAAGAGCGGCUGGAAACAGGAUGGGAUAACAAAACAGGUCGUCGAAUAGUCAAGCCAUCCGAAGCAGCCAUCCCAGACGAUGAUGGCAAGCCAGUGUCUCCUUCGAUGCAACAACAGCUGUCACAGGACGUUGUCAUUACCGUGAUACCCCAUCGACUACCCUCUCGACUCACCAAGGGCGUUCCUUCUGAUCCGAUCAUUAUCUCGAUUCCUGCUCCUGACAAGGGCCUUCAAAUCAAGCUUCGUGGUCAGGACCUGGUGUUUGAACCCAACGUUUUGGAUUUUUCAAACUCCUGUAUUCAAUCAUUUACCAUCACUGGUAAUACCCUCGGUAGAACCUCACUCAUGUUUAUCAAGUCUGGAGAAAAUGCAGGUAACUAUGUGAGUCCGACAUUGCCGAGAACCAAGACGGUGAUUGUGGAACGACCGUUUAUGCGAUACACAUUUCAGAUUGGAUUUAAGCAUAUUGAUGAAAAGUUGUUGGCUCUGGAUGCUAGACCAGAUUCACAAAAGAAAAUCAAUGACAGUAGCAACAGAGUCGAUAAAAAGAGAAAUGGAAAGGACGGCGAUGCGGUAAAACAAGAAGUGGAUGAUGAUGAAGAGCGAAAACAGAGAAACUACAUGGUGAAUCGCAGAUAUACCUUUAGUGUCGAGACAGCAGAGGAGCGAAUCGAGUGGAUUGAAGCGCUAAAGAAGCUGAGUGGCUGUGUGAAUGAUGUCAAGAAUGAGAAGAACAUGAGGCAGCUGGAGAGUAUGAGCUCAGAGGCAAGAGUAGCUUUGCAAGUACUCAAGGAGGUCUUGUUGGCAGAUGAAGUCAAGAAAGGAACAGCCCGGACUAAGAGUAACAAGUUACACAGUGUCAACAUUAGCGCUACGGCAAGUCCUGGGUCAGAUAUGACGAGCCCUACUAUUAUUCAUAAUGGCAGCAGUAGUAAUCAACCUACUGAUGAUAUACCCACACGCAGCGAUUCCUAUGAUGAGCGUCAUGGUAGAGCGAUGAAAUUGUUGUUGCCUAAAAAGAAAAUAGAAAGCAACCGAUCGUCAGCCAUGACGACAUCAACUACUACAGCGACAACGGCUAAUGUGGUGACCAAGAGAGGACAUGAAAUUAUCAAGCUUGUCGUACAGAACUCAAUGGUUCCACUCGUUUUGGGUUUUUUGCGCAAUUGUAUAAAUGAUAAAUAAAGUUCUAAAGUAGAAUUAUGAGUAUAGAAACAGUAUGUGUUACUCAUUUCUAAAGACUGAAAUCAGGCGUUCAUGAAAGUAAAAGAUACCCUUGUAUACAGUUUUUUAACGUUGUUAAACUGUAUUAUUACGACUUGAAAAACGAAGCGGCUAAAAGAGCUUCGUCUAUGUUCGAUAUUGACGUG